GGGGUCCCGGCCAGCUCAGGGCACUCGGAGCGGGGGUCUGCGCGCCUCACUUUCCCCGCCCGAUGUCGCCGCCCGUCUGCUGAUCGCCUCGCCCCGCUGGUCCCGCGCCGGUGUGGGGUCGUGGAGGUCCCCAGAGGCAGGAAACCUCCUUCUCAAAGUGGGAAUGGAGGUAAAUUGUUUAACACUAAAAGACCUGAUCAACCCCAGGCAGUCCAGACUAGAUUUUGCAAUUGAAGAUGGGGAAAAUGCACAAAAGGAAAAUAUAUUUGUUGAUCGCUCAAGGAUGGCCCCGAAGACUCCAAUAAAAAAUGAACCAAUUGAUUUAUCAAAGCAAAAAAUCUUCACUCCAGAAAGAAAUCCCAUUACUCCAGUUAAGCUUGUUGACAGACAGCAGGCGGAACCAUGGACACCCACAGCUAACCUGAAGAUGCUCAUUAGCGCCGCCAGCCCGGACAUAAGAGACCGGGAGAAGAAAAAGGGACUGUUCAGGCCCAUUGAAAAUAAAGAUGAUGCCUUUACAGACUCUCUGCAGCUUGAUGUGGUUGGGGACAGUGCUGUGGACGAAUUUGAAAAGCAAAGGCCAAGCAGAAAACAGAAGAGUCUAGGACUCCUGUGCCAGAAGUUUCUAGCUCGCUAUCCAAGUUACCCUUUGUCAACUGAGAAAACAACCAUCUCCCUAGAUGAAGUUGCUGUCAGUCUUGGCGUUGAAAGGAGACGUAUCUAUGACAUUGUAAAUGUGCUGGAAUCGCUGCAUCUGGUCAGCCGGGUGGCCAAGAAUCAAUAUGGCUGGCAUGGCCGGCACAGCCUGCCAAAAACCCUGAGGAGCCUCCAGAGACUGGGAGAGGAGCAGAAAUAUGAAGAGCAGAUGGCACAUCUCCAACAGAAGGAGCUAGAUCUGAUGGAUUAUAAACUUGGAGAACGUAAAAAAGACAGCUAUCCAGAUUCUCAAGAUCCACAGUUACUGGAUUUCUCGGAACCCGACUAUCCCUCUUCAUCUGCAAACAGUAGAAAAGACAAGUCUUUGAGAAUUAUGAGCCAGAAGUUUGUCAUGCUGUUCCUCGUCUCCAAAACCAAGAUUGUUACUCUUGAUGUGGCUGCCAAAGUACUGAUAGAAGAAAGCCAGGAUGCCCCAGACCAUAGUAAAUUUAAAACAAAGGUACGACGCCUCUAUGACAUAGCCAACGUUCUGACCAGCUUGGCUCUAAUAAAGAAAGUGCACGUAACAGAAGAGAGAGGCCGAAAACCAGCCUUCAAAUGGAUCGGGCCUGUGGACUUCAGUUCCAGUGAUGAAGAACUAGUGGAUGUUUCUGCAUCUGUCUUACCAGAAUUGAAAAGAGAAACAUAUGGCCAGAUUCAAGUCUGUGCAAAACAGAGGCUGGCUCGACAUGGUUCUUUCAGCACAGUUCAGGCUUCUGAGAGGAUCCAGAGGAAAGUGAACUCAGAACCCAGCAGCCCUUAUAAAGAACAAGGAUCAAGUGGCUACUCCUUAGAAAUUGGAAGUCUGGCAGCUGUUUACCGACAGAAGAUAGAAGACAGUUCACAGAGGAAAGCCUUUGCCAGUAAGAGAGUGAUGCCUCCGUCAAGCAGCCUGGACCCUGCUGCUCCUUUCCCUGGCCUGUCUGUUGACUCAGAAUAUUGUGCUAAUCCUUUAGCACACCAAGUCUUUUCUGUGGCCCAAAUGGACCUGCAGGCCUUCCCUGUGCAGAACAGUCUGACUGGACAAGUGGGUGUCUCACCAGCUUCUGCAGCCUCGGACGUGGAGAGCCUGAAACCAGCCCUGCUGGCCAGCCAGCCUAUGGUGUACGUGCCCUCCACCUCACUUUUCAUGCUGUAUGGGAGCCUGCAGGAGGGACCGUCCCCGGUUUCCGAGAGGGACAGCAGAAGCGCAGAAGUCUCAGCAGCAAAGCAGCCAUCCACACCCUCAGUUCAGAAGCGCCUCGGGGAGGAGAGGAAGCCUCAGGAGGAGGAGCCAGCCACUAAAAGACAGAGCAGGGACUACGAAGACAGCCCUCUAGCUCUUGUCAUGCCCAAGAAACCCUCAGAGUCCACAGACGUUGCCUCCCCCAAGACCCCAGGUAACAGAGGCUCAGUGACCCUCGAAGACAUUCACAUGGAGGCCCAAGUCUCGGCUGCAGAGGAGGCUUCGGGAAAGGCCACGGUCAACUGCUUCAUUUCUUCUGAGUGGGGAAAUCCUCCGAGAGACACAGAGAUAGAAAAGUCUUCAAAAGAAAAUGAAAGCACCAAAGAGCCCUCUUUGCUGCAGUACCUUUAUGUGCAGUCGCCAGCUGGAUUAAAUGGUUUCAAUGUGCUCUUAUCUGGCAGUCAGAACCCCCAUGCCAUGGGACCCCCUUCAGGUCAGCUGCCAUCCCUCAGCAUUCCUUGCAUGGUCUUACCAUCUCCGACGCUGGGCCCUUUCCCCGUUCUCUAUUCUCCCACUAUGCCCAGGCCGCUUUCCUCUGCCCCUGGUGCUCUCCCAAAUGCGGGACCUGUGAAUUUUGGCUUGCCUGGCCUUGGAUCAACAGCUCAUCUUCUCAUCGGCCCUGCAAACAUGGUUAAUCCAAAAUCAUCAGCACUCCCCUCCGCAGACCCUCAGCUUCAGGGUCCCUGCUCACUCAAUCUGAGUCCGGAGAUGCCAAGAUCACACAACAUCAUCCAGCCUGAAUCCCCUGCGUAUGCAGGGCAACCUGUCUCCGUAGCAAAAUUACAACAGGUGAGCCCUACUGUGAGCCCAGGAAGAUCAUCAUUCUGUGAUGGGUCCCCCAUUCCUGUGACCCCCAAGAGCAUCCGAUGCACACAUCGCGAGACAUUUUUCAAGACACCUGGCAGCCUCGGAGACCCCGUCCUUAGGAGAAGAGAAAGGAAUCUGACACGAAACACGAGCUCAGCGCAGAGGAGACUGGAAAUCCCCAGCAGCGAGGCUGACUAACCUGCCGCCGUGCCAGGCCGGGGUGGGCACUAACCUGCCACCCCGUUCCAGGUGAUGCCCUGACGCUGAAUGCAAAGCGGGAUGCAGACCAUCGUCUGCACACAUCGUCCUCUCUUUCACCUACCAGUUCUAAUGUUAACUUCCCAUCACCAUGAAUCAUCUAUUUUCCUGAAAGCAAUUGUUAUUUGUGCAUUUAAUAUCAGUUAGAGUCCAGACUCUGUGCGUGGUGUCACAGUGAAAGCACCGACUGACUUUUAUGGUUUUGAUGCAAGAAUCCUCUUAUUGCUGGAAGUCGAUCUGAACAGGCUACUGGAGCCUUGUGGUUUUUCUACUGGGGGAGCUGUCUAGCACUUAACUAGGGUGAGCAUUCUUGGUUUUUCCCCCUCGCCCUGAGUCUAGAUCUGUGGUGAGAGAAACUUCUUUUCUGCAGUUUAAAAAAGCUACUGCUUCCUUAGGCUUCAUCAGGAAGCCGACUCCAGUUGUGAAUCCUAUGGUAUUUAUUUUGUUCCUGAAAUGGGAUUUAGUGCAAAAAGUUUACAACUACAGCAAAAUACAUGUUUUUCAGGGUAUGACGACUUGAAUGUUUGUGCUUUUUUCCUCUAAUUUGCCCUGCACUUACUUUACAACCUACUAAUAAUGUGGAUAAAUGUGUAUGCAUGACGGAAUGUUACGACCAAAAUAACUGUGAAUGGCCCACUUGCUAUAAUGAACUGUGCUGAGCCUGUCUGGGCAUGAGAAGCAAGAUGCAUGCUAGCUGCCUAAGAGCUGACCUGUGUGAACAAUAAGGUUUUACUGUUCAUUUGUAAAAAUACUACCCUGUGCAGUUUCCUUCACUAUGUGCCCCGUGGGUUUUUUUACUUAAAUGUUAACUGUAGAGUAUCAGGUAUGGAUGCCUUCGAAGAAUUGCUGUCUAUUGAAUAAAUCAGGAUGGUAGCAAGUGAUUAUAAUUGGAACCUGGAUGGGACCCUUUGGUAGAAUUCUGAAGAGUAAUGAUGUAGAAAUUGAUAUAGUUCCGAUAGGUGAUCAUUUUAUUUUUUCCUUUGGCUUUUUUUCUUUAUUUGUGGAAGGUAAGAGGGAAAACGAACACAUUAUGUUCAAUAUCCAAGAGUAUUCAAACCAGUUAUUUUUCAGAGCGUUUCUGAAAAAUAAGAACGGUGAGUGCAGGGAUUCAUUGUUCUAGCAUGAGUACAAUUCUGGAAACUAUUAUGCAAUACCCCUUUGUUAAACCAUAUUGCUUUAGGAUUUCAGUAAGUAGCCAAACUAGCUCUUUGUAUUCCUAGGUUUAUUGAUGUACCUCAUUCUUGUCUCUUCCAGCAAAUGCCUUCCUCUCUCCCUUCUUUUCCUUCCCUCCUUCCUUUCUUCAUUCCUUUCUUUUUUAAGCUUCUGUCUUAGAUUUGGAAUCUUGGUGUAGGAUUCUAUUUUUAUUUUUGGACCCAAUAAAAUGUUAUAUGAAAUAAAAAUAUUAAUUUAAGAGACUCUGGGAGUCUGAGUAAAGUAGCUUUAUAUUAACUACAGGAUACUAUUAGCCUUAUUACCCCCACAAGAUUUUUGAAAACUUGAGGUAGGUAGCCAGAUUAAAUAAAUUUGUUAUUAUAUAAAAUUUUUAUCAACACUAAACUUUUAAAGUUUACAAGAUGGCAUUUUUUAUCUUUUUUUUUUUUUUACAAUCUUUUCUAGUGUUAAACAGAUAAAAUUAUGGUUCUAAUCAUCAACAACCUCCCAGUAAUGGUUACCCAGAGUUAAUAUGAGGAGUUCACCUUGAAACAAAAAUAUGCCUUUUUCAGUGAAAGUACAGGACACACAGCAUCCUUAUCUGCACAGGGUACGUGCGUGUUUAAAUCCACCAUGCCUAAAAACUUCCACAAAAUAUUUUCACUUGAGAGGUCUACAUUUAGAUGAAAUCACAAUCUGAUUUCCCCACACUGUUUUUGGAUGCUCGCCACUUACUACUUUAACUUCUUUGCUAUCCUUUUUUUUUUUUUUUAUUCUGUUCAUGAUAUGACCAUAUAAACCUCAGAGAAUCCACGGUUCUUGAGGGGUGUUAAGAAGCAACCCCAUAAAUCAGAAUUUUAUGACUCUGUGACCAUACUCAGCAACAGAAAAGAAAACAGAGAACCAAUUCCUUUUGUAUUCAGUACCCACUUUUUAAUGUGGCUUUGUGAUGUGUAAAAAGAUAAAAAUAAAAUAAUUCAGGGGUUUUCUGUCGGGAAAACCGUAUGCUUCUGAUAGAGCAACUGAUGGGAGUGAAGCUGCUAAGCUAGACGUGGGUGUUCGGGGUAGUGAAGAAGCAAUGGCAAUCUUGAGUCUAUCAUUGUAUAACUUAGUAACAGACAAAAAUAACUGUUGGGGAUCCUGCUAAGGAAAUUCAGCUUUGCGUUGGCACUGAGGGAGGUGUGUGUGCCCUACACUGUCCAGGGUUUGUGAAACCCUUUCAUUCUGGUACAAGAGUUGGGAGUAUAACUUUUAUACUUGAAUCUACCUACCAAGUUUACAUAUUUCUCAAUUCUUUUUUGUAAGGUGCUAUUUCUGUAUUUAAAUAACUUUUUUUUUUCAAUGUAAAGCUGCUUUCAGCUAAUCUUAUUGCACUGCUAGUUUUUUGUAGGUGUUAAUUUUAUUGCUGC